UUCGUUUAACUGUAAACUAAUGAAAUCCCAAUAACGACCGCAUCACCUACUUUUAACCCCUCUCUCUCUCUCUCUCUCUCUCUCUCUCUCUCUCUCUCUCUCUCAAUUUCUGAGCAAAAACACAGAGAUUUGCUUUUGAAUCUCCCAAAAACCCUAUGCGGAGAUAGGGUUAUUGGAGUAGAAAGCGGAUCAAUAAUUUUAUUAUGGCAUUUUCAUGGCGUUUAAUCGGACUGUGCAUUCUUCUUCUAUCAUCGAUCGUUAUAGCCGAUGAUGAUAUCUCACGCGCCGCCCCUGCUAAUGCGUCAACCUCCUGCAACAAUCCUUAUCGAUUGGUUCUGGUGAAGUUGUGGAUUGAUGGUGCUGAGCAUGAACAAAUAGGUGGCUUAAGUGCGGCAUUUGGGUCUCUUUUACCCACUAAUACUAAAAAUACCCCCAGAUUGCCUGCUACUUAUGCAAAACCCUUGAAUGGCUGUUCUAGUUCCUCUUCUAAGUUAUCAGGGUCUAUUGCACUAGCUCUUCGCGGUCAAUGUGAUUUUCUAACGAAGGCUACGGUUGCACAAGCAGGAGGUGCUGCAGGGAUUUUGAUGAUAAAUGAUCAAGAAGAUCUUUUGGAGAUUACUUGUCCGGACAAUUCUACGGUAUCAAACAUAACAAUUCCUGUUGUGACCAUUUCAAAAGCCGGAGGAGAUGUCAUUGAAAAAUAUAUCUCUGCUGGAAAGAAAGUGGAGAUUCUGUUGUAUUCGCCAGAUCGCCCCAUUGUGGACUACUCAGCAAUGUUCAUAUGGCUGAUGGCUGUUGGCACAAUUUUUUGUGCAUCUUUUUGGUCCGAGCUUACUACAUCUAAGGAAAGCAAUGGCUAUGAACAGGCACCGGAGGUAAAUGCUGGAGGCGCCAGGGAGGAAGAUGACAAGGAAAUUCUAAAUAUCACUACAAAGAGUGCUUUAAUAUUUGUCAUCUCAGCGUCUACUUUUCUGCUGCUACUUUACUUUUUCAUGUCGGCUUGGUUUGUAUGGCUGCUGAUAAUACUUUUCUCUAUUGGUGGAGUUGAGGGAAUGCAUAGCUGUAUAAUAUCCCUAGUAUCAAGCAAAUGUAAAGGUUGUGGAAGGAAGACGUUGAAUUUGCCGCUUCUUGGGGAGGUUUCUGUUCUAUCUCUUGUGGUCUUGAUAGUCUGCGUGGCAUUUGCCAUCUUCUGGGCCGCAACUAGGAAAGCGUCAUACUCUUGGAUUGGCCAGGAUAUUCUGGGAAUUUGUUUGAUGAUAACUGUUCUGCAGUUGGCUCAGUUACCUAAUAUAAAGGUUGCUACAGUGCUUCUGUGUUGUGCAUUUCUCUACGACAUCUUCUGGGUUUUCCUUUCACCUGCUAUAUUCCAUGACAGUGUAAUGAUUGCAGUAAGUUCUCUCUUUAGCUACAUCUAUUUCUCUGUACCGUCCAUGCUGACUUUCUGUAUUGUGGUGAGCUCCCAAUUUUAACCUUUGUGUAGGAUG